AUGGCGGUGUGUGUACGCAUGAGAACAUGGAAGGAAAGUGAGAUGCAGGGGACGGGGGAGGAGAAGCCUGGGAAAAGGAAAGGAAGCAUUUUUAAGGUGUCAGUAUUUGGUUUAGUCGCUUUUGUACUAAAUACUCUCUUGGACAUGCCUAGAAAAGGUUUAAGUUUGUACUCCUUUCCAGCAUCUAUACUAAGCCCACCUGCCGUCGCUACUCUCCGGCCAGCGACCGACUCUGCCCCGCUUCCCGGCCAGAGUCCAUCGCUGCCCGUCGCCUCCCACCCGAGCCACCACCGCUACCAGGAGACGACGCUGUUAGUGUCCCAUCCCGCUGCAGCCCCGCUUCCCUUCUCCACCACCGUCGAUGCUGCUCCCCGGCCACCAACCUCCCCCUCUCCAACACCGUCGUUGCUCCUCAGACAGGGCGACUCACCUCCCCACCGUUGCCCCUGCUUCCCGGCAGCCCGCACCCCUACUUCCCUUCUUCCCCACUGCCGCUGCUCCUCGGCCACCAACCUCCCCCUCUUUAGCACUGCCGCUACUUCUCGGACAAGGCUAGCAGCCCCCACCCCUUCUUCACUGGCACCCCUACUUCCCUUCUCCACCACCGUCGCCACUGGAGGGCAACCCACCGCCGCUGUUGCUCCCCGACCACCAACCUCCCCCUCUCCAGCAUCGGUGCUGCUUCUCGGAUAG